GUAACCAAGAUGGCGGCGCCCAGGAGAGGCUCACGUGUUUCUUCCGGUUAGGAAGCAGCCGUGCAAAUUGAAGCUCUUGCUGCUGGUUAUUCGAGAACUAUGGCCGGCCGCAAUAAUAAUAAGUUGCCUCUGAACCUCCCGCAGCUGCAGAACUUGAUCAAGCGGGAUCCGCCUUCGUAUACCGAGGAGUUUCUUCAGCAGUAUCGCCAUUACCAGUCCAAUGUGGAGAUCUUCAAACUGCAGCCAGCUAAGCCCAAUAAAGAUCUGGCCGAACUGGUGAUGUUCUUGUCACAGGUUGGCCAUUGCUACCCUCAACAUCUUGCAGACUUUCCACAACAACUGAAGGAGCUUCUCUCCUAUAAUCAUACAGUCCUGGAUGCUGAUCUUCGGAUGACCUUUUGCAAAGCUUUGAUCCUGUUGCGGAAUAAGAACUUAAUUAACCCUACAAGCUUGUUGGAGCUUUUCUUUGAACUCCUUCGCUGUCAUGACAAACUCUUACGAAAAACAUUGUACACCCACAUUGUGACCGAUAUAAAAAACAUCAAUGCGAAGCACAAAAAUAAUAAACUGAACACAACACUUCAGAAUUUUAUGUACACAAUGCUACAAGACAGUAACCCAACUGCAGCCAAGAUAUCAUUGGAUGUGAUGAUAGAGCUGUACAGAAGGAAUAUCUGGAAUGAUGCUAAAACAGUGAAUGUCAUCACUACAGCUUGCUUUUCCAAAGUCACAAAGAUACUAGUUGCUGCCUUGAAGUUUUUCCUUGGAAAAGACGAAGAUGAAAAAAAGGACAGUGAUUCUGAUUCAGAGGAUGAUGGUCCCACCGCAAGGGACUUGAUGGUGCGAUACUCCACAGGAAGGAAAACCACAAAGAACAAGAAGAAGCUGGAGAAGGCUAUGAAAGUCUUAAAAAAACACAAGAAGAAGAAAAAGCCAGAAAUUUUCAACUUCUCAGCGAUCCAUUUAAUCCAUGAUCCCCAGGACUUUGCAGAGAAGCUCUUAAAACAGCUUGAAUCCUCAAAGGAAAGAUUCGAAGUGAAAAUGAUGCUCAUGGAACUUAUUUCUCGUCUUGUUGGCAUUCAUGAGCUCUUCCUCUUCAACUUUUACCCUUUUGUCCAGCGGUACCUACAGCCACACCAGAGAGAGGUCACCAAGAUUCUUCUCUUCGCUGCCCAAGCUUCUCAUCAGCUUGUUCCUCCAGAGAUUGUCCAGUCAGUACUGAUGACAAUAGCCAACAACUUUGUCACUGACAAAAACUCAGGGGAAGUGAUGACUGUUGGAAUUAAUGCUAUUAAAGAGAUAUCAGCCCGAUGCCCUCUGGCUAUGACAGAAGACUUGCUUCAAGAUCUGGCACAAUACAGAUCUCAUAAAAAUAAGAAUGUCAUGAUGUCAGCAAGAACGUUGAUACACUUGUUUCGAUCUCUGAAACCACAGAUGUUGCAGAAAAAAUUCAGGGGUAAACCAACUGAAGCCACUUUGGAAGCCAAAAUCCACGAAUACGGGGAACUGGAUGCCAAGGACUAUAUUCCAGGAGCAGAAGUGCUGGACCUUGAAAUCCAGGAGGAAGAUGGAGAGCAUGAAGAUGGUUGGGAGACCGCCAGCACAAGCGAAGAGGAAGACGACGAAGACGGAGAAUGGAUUGAUGUGCAUCAUUCCUCAGACGAAGAGCAAAAAGAAUUAGCCGAGAAACUUAAAGGCAUGCCUGUGGAAGAGCAGAAGGCCAAGGCUGCAGCCGUCAGCACCAGCAGACUUCUGACCCAGGAAGACUUCCAGAAAAUACGCCUUGCCCAGCUGAGCAAAGAGGUCAAUUCCGCACCCGGAAAAGGGGCCAAGAGGAAGAACGUCGAAAUAGAGAGUGAUGAGGAGAAAAGGGGAGAGCUGCUUUCACUUCGGGACAUUGAACAUCUUCAUAAAAAACCCAAAUCGGAUAAAGAGACGAGAUUGGCCACAGCAAUGGCUGGCAGGACGGAUAGGAAAGACUUUGUGAAAAAGAAGGCCAAGCUGAACCCUUUUGCCAGCACCACCAACAAAGAGAAGAAGAAGCAGAAGAAUUUCAUGAUGAUGCGAUACAGCCACAACGUCCGGACAAAGAACAAGCGUUCCUUCCGGGAGAAGCAGGUUGCUUUAAAGGAAGCACUUCUGAAACAGAAGAAAAGGCUAAUGAAAUAACUCCUGGCGUGGGAAAAGAAACUCAUUCUACCAUCUAGAUGAGGCCUGGGCAAACUUUGGCCCUCCAGGUGUUUUGGACUUCAACUCCCACAAUUCCUAACAGCCUACCGGC